ACGCAGCCGGGAGGUCAUUAGGAAGGAUGUGCCCUGCGGGUCAUCAGGAACCGCAGGUGUCACCCGACCCCAUCUUCCGAGUUGGAUCAGCAGGACAUGAGCACCACAAACUCCCCCUCUCAGGAUCUCCCCUCAAACCUCUGAGACAUCCUGGCAGUGACCCACAGCCCCUCCAGGACAGCACCGGCGACUUCGGAAGUCCUGAGUUGGAUGGUCGCAGGUUGGCGCUGACCGGGUGACUGCAGGCCUGCAGCGAGACACCGCAGGCAUCCGGGACAGCGGCGUUCUGGGCACCUCCAUGUUCCAGAUGGGGAAACUGAGGCCGGGAGGGACCCAGAGACUGGCCUGAGUUGUUGCAGGGAGCCGCGAAGACUUGACGCCAGCUGUGCCAGGUCAGGGCAUGCCUCGGUGCCAGCGCGGUGCCACCGCCAGGGACAGCAAGCCUGAUGGGGACGGAGCUCAGCCCAUAGCUGCCAUGGGAGGCCUGAAGGUUCUUCUGCACUGGGCCGGCCCUGGGGGCGGAGAGCCCUGGGUCACCUUCAGUGAGGCCUCGCUGACAGCUGAGGACAUCUGCCUCCGCGUGGCGCACAAACUCGGCAUCACUCCACCCUGCUUCAAUCUCUUCGCUCUCUUUGACGACCAGGCCCAAGUGUGGCUGCCCCCAAACCACAUCCUCGAGAUCUCCAGAGACACGGACCUGACGCUGUGUUUCCGCAUGAGGUUUUACUUCCGGAACUGGCAUGGCAUGAACCCUCAGGAGCCAGCGGUGUACCGCUGCGGGCCCCCCGGGACUGAGGCAGCCCCAGAACGGGUGGAGCAGGGCAUGCAACUCCUGGACCCAGCCUCCUUUGAGUAUCUCUUUGAGCAGGGCAAGUAUGAGUUUGUGAAUGACGUGGCCUCACUGUGGGAGCUGUCAGAUGAGGAGGAGAUCCACCACUUCAAGAACGAAAGCCUAGGCAUGGCCUUUCUGCACCUCUGUCACCUCGCUCUCUGCCGUGGAGUCCCCUUGGAGGAAGUGGCCAAAAAGAUCAGCUUCAAGGACUGCAUCCCCCGCUCCUUUCGGCGGCAGAUUCAGCAGCACAACGCCCUGACGCGGCUGCGCCUGCGCAGUGUCUUCCGCAAGUUCCUGCGGUCUUUCCAGCCCACCUGCCUGUCCCAGCAGGUGGUCAUGGUCAAAUACCUGGCCACGCUGGAGCGACUGGCGCCGCGUUUCGGCUCGGAGCGUGUGCCCGUGUGCCGCCUGGAGCUGCUGGCUCAGGCUCAGGACGAGCCCUGCUAUAUCCGGGACAACGGCCAGGCCCCUGCAGACCCCUGCCCUGAGGCUGCCGCAGGACCUCCCACCCACGAGGUGCUGGUGACGGGGACCGGUGGCAUCCAGUGGCGUUUGAGACGGGCAGAGGUUUCUGGUGGCAGUGACAGCGGCAGGGAGGCACCGUGGACCUACUUCUGCGACUUCCAGGACAUCAGCCACGUGGUGCUGAAAGAGCGCGACGUCACCAUCCACCGGCAGGACAACAAGUGCCUGGAGCUGAGCCUGCCUUCCCGCGGGGCCGCCCUGUCCUUCGUGUCGCUGGUGGAUGGCUACUUCCGCCUGACAGCGGACUCCAGCCACUACCUGUGCCAUGAGGUGGCCCCCCCACGGCUGGUUAUGAGUAUCCAAGAGGGAAUCCACGGGCCCCUGCUGGAGCCGUUCCUGCAGGCCAAGCUGAGAUCCGAGGACGGCCUGUACCUCAUUCACUGGAGCGCCAGCCACCUGCACCGUCUCAUCCUGACGGUGGCCCAGCGGGAGCAGGCCCCCGGCCCUCGUAGUGUUCGCCUCCGCAAGUUCCCGAUUGAGCAGCAGGACGGCGCCUUCCUCCUGGAGGGCUGGGGCCGUGCCUUCGCCAGCGUUCGGGAUCUCUGGGCCGCCCUGCAGGGCUGCUUGCUGCGGGCUGGGGACGACUGCUUCUCCCUGCGCCGCUGCUGCCUGCCCCGGCCAGGAGAAAUCUCCAACCUGAUCAUCAUGCGGGGGCCCCGGGCCAGCACCAGGCCGCUCAACCUCAGUCAGCUCAGCUUCCACCGCGUCCGCCAGGACGAGAUCACGCAGCUGUCCCACCUGGGCCAGGGCACGAGGACCAACGUGUAUGAGGGCCUCCUGCGAGUGGGGGGCCCCACGGAAGACAAGAUGGCUGGGGAGGAUGUCCCCGAGCCCGGCGGGGGCCCCAGGGAGGAGCUGCGAGUGGUACUUAAAGUGCUGGACCCUAGUCACCACGACAUUGCCCUGGCCUUCUACGAGACAGCCAGUCUCAUGAGCCAGGUCUCCCAUGCACACUUGGUGUUCGUGCACGGCGUCUGCGUGCGUGGCUCCGAGAAUAUCAUGGUGACAGAGCUCGUGGAGCAUGGACCCCUGGAUGUGUGGCUGCGGCGAGAGAGGGGCCGUGUAUCUAUGGCCUGGAAGGUGGCGGUGGCCCAACAGCUGGCCAGCGCACUCAGCUACCUGGAGGACAAGAACCUGGUUCAUGGUAACGUGUGUGGCCGGAACAUCCUGCUGGCCCGGUUGGGGCUGGAAGAGGGCACCAGCCCCUUCAUCAAGCUGAGUGACCCCGGCGUGGGCCUGGGCGCCCUCUCCAGGGAGGAGCGGGUGGAGCGGAUUCCCUGGACGGCCCCUGAAUGCCUGCCCGGAGGAACCAACAGCCUCAGCACCGCAGCAGACAAGUGGGGCUUCGGCGCCAGCCUUCUAGAAAUCUGCUUCGAUGGGGAGGCCCCUUUGCAGGGCCGCUGCCUCUCCGAGAAAGAGCGUUUCUACCAGAAGCAGCACCGACUCCCCGAGCCCUCCUGUCCAGAGCUGGCCACUAUCACCAGCCAGUGCCUGAACUAUGAGCCCGCCCAGCGCCCGUCAUUCCGCACCAUCCUGCGUGACCUCACUCAGCUGCAGCCCCACAAUCUUCUCGAUGUCUUGGCGGUGAACCUCGACUGCCCUGCGUCAGACCCCACGGUUUUCCACAAGCGCUAUUUGAAAAAGAUCCGCGAUCUGGGUGAGGGCCACUUCGGCAAGGUCAGCUUGUACUGCUAUGACCCGACCAACGACGGCACUGGCGAGAUGGUGGCUGUGAAAGCGCUCAAGGCGGACUGCAGCCCUCAGCUCCGCUCUGGCUGGAGGCGGGAAAUCGACAUCCUGCGCAUGCUCUAUCACGACCACAUCGUCAAGUACAAAGGCUGCUGCGAGGACCAAGGUGAGAAGUCAGUGCAGCUUGUCAUGGAGUAUGUGCCUCUGGGCAGCCUCCGGGACUACCUGCCACGGCACAGCGUCGGGCUGGCUCAGCUCCUGCUUUUCGCCCUUCAGAUCUGCGAGGGCAUGGCCUACCUGCACUCGCAGCACUACAUCCACCGAGACCUAGCCGCGCGCAACGUGCUAUUGGACAACGACAGGCUGGUCAAGAUCGGGGACUUUGGCCUAGCCAAGGCUGUGCCCGAAGGCCACGACUACUACCGCGUGCGCGAGGAUGGGGACAGCCCUGUGUUCUGGUAUGCCCCGGAGUGCCUGAAGGAGUGUAAGUUCUACUAUGCAUCGGAUGUCUGGUCCUUCGGGGUCACCCUGUAUGAGCUGCUGACGCACUGUGACUCCACCCAGAGUCCCCCCUCGAAAUUCAUAGAGCUCAUAGGCCUCACCCAGGGGCAGAUGACGGUGCUGAGACUCACAGAGCUACUGGACCGUGGGGAGAGGCUGCCACAGCCCGACAAAUGUCCCUGUGAAAUCUAUCGUCUCAUGAAAAACUGCUGGGAGGCAAAGGCUUCUUGUCGCCCGACCUUCCAGAAUCUUGUCCCCAUCCUCAAGACCGUCCAAGAAAAAUACGAAGGCCAGGCCCCUUCGGUGUUCAGCGUGUGCUGAACGGCAUGCUGGGGGAGCGGGACCCCCCAGCACGUGCCCACAGAGUGGGCUUCCUCCCCACAACGGAGGAGCCCAGCAGGUGGGAGCUAACCCCACCCACCCGUGUGCCUUACUCCUACCUGGAGACCCCCUCUCUGCAAACUGACAUUUCUUCCACAACCACGACCGUGACCCUGGGGGACCCACAAUGGGCUUAGGAGGCCCUAGGCUUCCGUCCUCCUGCCACCCCCCAGCCCGUGCACUUGCGACCCUCCGUCUCUGCUAGCUGGUAAGAAACAUGUAAUUCCUCUGCCGAAGGCUGCGGUCCCUGGGGGCCCUUCAGCAAGGCGGGUUAGCCAGGGUCUGUCGUCCCAGGGACUGUGGCAUGCGCCAUUCGACUCUUCAACUAUUUUUUUAAGAGAGAUUUUUGCUAUUGGGUGUGAGCGCUCACUAGAGAGAGAGAGAGAG